AUGCCUGAUUUUGAAACACAAAGAUCGGAGCCAUGCCCUGCGCACUCCUCAUUCAACCUUCCCAAAGAGUCGGUUGACAGUUCAGCGGGGCUGAAGUCGGGGCCGAAAAUCGAGGCCAAAAGACCGGAACAUCGGCCGCUGGCGGCCUCGAAUUUCAGCCGGAAUAGAUUAUGCCUUCGAGUUUGUGUGGAAGCAGACCUUCCGGGCCGAAUUACACGACGGAAACCGGUAACGACGACGACGACGACAACAACGACCACCACCACCACCACCACCACCACAACAACAACAACAACAACAACAACAGCAGCAGCCCGCACGAGACACUAG